UUUCACUUCCUUUUUCUUUGUAGCCCCGCCCCUUUCAUCUGUCCCGUGUAGCGUCUCUCCAUGGUAACGGCACGCGCUUUGGCUCAGACGGCACAGUGGCUCCUUUGAAAGGGCUUCUGACCUCCAGGACGUGUCUUCAGUAAAUUCAUCUUCAAUCAAGUUAUUAGCGAGACAUUUUUCCAAGAUGAGUUUAGCUGAGAUUUGUGAAAAUACUAAAAAGGGAAGGGAAUACGCGUUGCUCGGGAAUUACGACUCUUCUAUGGUGUACUACCAGGGUGUUCUACAACAGAUCCAAAAGCACUGCCAGUCUGUUAGAGAUCCUGCACUAAAGGUCAAAUGGCAGCUGGUGAGACAGGAACUGGUGGAGGAAUAUGAACAGGUUCAACUCAUUGUAACCACUCUGGAGAGUUUCAAGAUGGAUAAGCCUGUUGACCCUCCCAGUAAUCGACCAGAGGACUACACAAAGGACCCUGAUGUGUGGCCACCUCCCACCCCUGCAGAACACAGACCACCUGCUCAGGUGAAAAGACCAAACACUGCUGUGAAGGUCCAACGUAAAGAUGGUCCUGCCAUGCAGCACCAGCACCGUGGCCCCACUGGGAAGGGCCAGCCUAAUCCGAAAUCAGACAGAGUUUUUGUCCGUGACUCUCGCAAUCCUAAAGUUAAAGAAGAGAAGGGUAAAAAUGCUCAAGAAGGGGCAGGAGAUGGAGAAUUAAAGAAAUUUGAUGAUGCAGGUUACGACAGUGAUUUGGUUAAUAUUUUGGAAAGAGACAUCAUGUCUAGAAAUCCAAAUAUCCACUGGGACGAUAUCGCAGACCUGGAGGAUGCCAAGAAACUGCUCCGGGAAGCUGUGGUUUUGCCAAUGUGGAUGCCAGAUUUUUUCAAGGGCAUUCGGCGCCCGUGGAAGGGUGUAUUGAUGGUUGGUCCUCCAGGUACCGGCAAGACCAUGCUGGCUAAAGCUGUAGCUACAGAGUGCGGUACCACUUUCUUUAACAUUUCCUCCUCCACACUCACCUCGAAGUACCGGGGAGAGUCUGAGAAACUUGUUCGGCUACUGUUUGAAAUGGCUCGAUUUUAUGCCCCCACCACUAUAUUCAUUGAUGAAAUUGACUCCAUUUGUGGAAGACGUGGCACAUCAGAUGAACAUGAAGCAAGCCGGAGAGUAAAGUCAGAGCUUUUGGUCCAGAUGGAUGGUGUAGGAAGUGUGUCAGAAAACGAUGACCCCUCUAAAAUGGUGAUGGUUCUGGCUGCAACAAACUUUCCAUGGGACAUAGAUGAAGCCCUGAGGAGGAGGCUGGAAAAGAGGAUUUAUAUUCCUCUGCCCACCGUAAAGGGGCGAGCAGAUCUGCUGAAGAUUAGCCUGAGGGAGGUGGAUGUGUCUCCUGACGUUGACCUGGACAUAAUCGCUGAGAAGAUGGAGGACUACUCGGGUGCUGACAUCACCAACAUUUGCAGAGAUGCAUCCAUGAUGGCAAUGCGUCGGAGGAUUCAAGGCCUGAGCCCAGAAGAGAUUCGAGCACUGUCUAAAGACGAGCUGCAGAUGCCUGUCACCAUGGAGGACUUUGAAAUUGCACUCAAAAAGAUCUCCAAGUCUGUUUCUGCUGCUGACCUGAAGAAAUAUGAGGACUGGAUGAACGAAUUUGGCUCUGUUUAAUCAGAAAGUUUACAUAGUUAGGAAGAGAGCAUUCCCAAGCCCAGACUUCUUUUUUAUGACAAUGCUACUUUUCUUGGCUUCAGUUCUUAAAGAUGCACUAUUGCCUAAUCUGCUGUAAAAUUCAGCCAGUUCUAUAUAUAACACUUGUACAGUAGUUUCUAAUUUAUUUUAAUUAUUUAGUUGUCAUUAAGUUGUUUUUCUUUGUUAUUGCUUAAAUAUUUUUUUUCUAUUUAGCUAAAGCAAAAGAUAAGAUAUGAAAGUCGUUAUUAAUCUCGAAGGAAAUUGUUUCUCCAGUAGCUGCAUAUUUAAAAAAAUACAAAUACAAUAGGAUGAGAAAUAAAAAAUUUUUAAAAUAAAAUAAAAUGUACUAUAAUGUC